CUCUCAAGGGAUGUUGAUGCGUGUGAAGCCGACGGUGGGGCGAUGGCGCCGUACCGCGAUGGCCAUCCACGGUCGCCAUCAGAGCACGACGAAGCCGGACUCUAAACUAAAGGAGCGCUUCGUGUCGGUGGAUCGCUCUGGCUUGAAGCAGCCGCAUUUGCACGCGUUGCUCAAAGACAAUACGCAUGUGCAAGCGUUGGGCCGUCAUAAGAAGGCGACGAAGGAGAACGAGCUGACUCGAUUUCUCCACAGCUUGAUUGCUGUGCGAGGACCCAUCACUGUGGCCGAAUUCAUGCGUCAUGCAUUGAGUCACCCCGUCCAUGGGUACUACAUGAAGCGCGACGUGUUUGGCACCAAGGGCGACUUUACGACGGCACCAGAGAUCAGCCAAAUGUUUGGCGAGCUCGUGGGCGUGUGGUGCAUCGCAACGUGGCAGCAAAUGGGCAGUCCGUCUCAGAUCAAACUCAUUGAAGUCGGCCCAGGGCGUGGGUCCCUCAUGGAGGACUUUGUGCGCACGGCCAAGCAGUUUCCUGCGUUUUACAAGGCAUUGGAGGUCCACAUGGUCGAAAUCAGUCCUGCGUUGAAGGAACUUCAACAGACCAAACUCCAAGCAACUGCGGCGGCGGACGGCGGGUUCCGGCUGCCGAACAACGGUCCUGCUAUCUAUUGGCAUGACGAGCUCACCCACGUGCCGGAGGGGCCGACUCUAUUCAUUGCUCAAGAACUGUUCGACGCGUUGCCGGUGCAUCAAUUCGAGUACACUGACAAGGGCUGGUGCGAGCGCCUCAUUGACAUCGACGACACGCGAGAGAACGAAGACCACUUUCGAUUUGUUUUGUCGCCGGGACCAACGCCUGCUACGCGAGUAUACAUUGGAAAAGAGAAAAUUGUGACGCCGGACAUUCAAGUGUCCAAGCCUAGCACGCCGAACGAGUCGAAAGACCCAAAAGACAUCCUGGACAAUCUGAACGCAUCGGCGGCGCGCAUCACAGCGCACCUUGAAGCGCUCGAAAAGGAAGACAGCGUCGAUGUUGUCCCGGUGCUGUCGCCCGGCGUGCAAGUCGGGGAUCGGAUUGAAAUUAGCCCUGUUGGGAUUGCGUUGGUGCAGGAAGUUGCCAGGCGCAUUGACACUCACGGCGGCGCGGCGCUGGUGGUAGACUACGGCCGAGACCACCCAUCUGAAGUCAGUUUACGAGGCAUCCAGCACCACCAGUUUGUCAGCGUGCUGCGAGAACCUGGCGACGUUGACUUGAGCAUCGACGUCGACUUCAGCACACUCAAGCGAUAUGCCACCGACGAGACUCGCGUGCGGGCUUACGGUCCAAUUGGGCAAGGCGAGUUUUUGAAAGCGAUGGGCAUAGAACAUCGCAUGGCGGCCCUGUUUCAAAAUGCUUCAGAGGAAAUGCAGGAAACCAUCUACGACGCGUACGAGCGGCUGGUCGACCCGGAUCAAAUGGGCACGAUCUUUAAAGCGAUGGCGCUAGUGUCGGACAAAGUCGUCGGGGACCCCGUCGGGUUUACACCGCUCAUCGACGAGGCUAGCCACGGCCACCACGACUAGCCGGCAUGCAUAAUCCACUUUUGCAAAAGAAACCAUGGCGAUGAUGAGCGAUGCUGUCGACUGUUGUACAGAGGAACGGAUUGAAUCGAAGAAAGUGUAGAGG